GUCAUGUCUGAUGAUGGCGAAGUCAGAGAAAAACAUAGAGAUGUGCGAUGUUGGUUGGAGGAAAUGUUUGGUGAUGACACAGUACCUCAGUAUGAGAUUAAUAUCAAGACAGUGUCGGUGCUACAUGAUCUGAUGACCAGAUGUAAAGAGAGGGAUAGAGAUAAGCAAAUUGUCAUCGAUGACCUCAAUGAGAAGACAGUGGAAUACAAUGCCGAAGAGAAGCGAUUGUCAUCGAUUUUGGAGAAUGUAUGUCUUUCUCCUAGUAGUCUCUCGCAGUCUGGGAAUGUAAGUCUGCGGACCCUUUCAAACAUUGCUCAAACUCUUGACCUUCAAGUUGCCUCAGCAAGCAAUUAUUAUUUGGCGAUGACGGAUCUUACCAGAGAGUUGAUAAAAUUGGAGGACAAACGACAAGAAGAGAAUAUUUCAAACCAGAAACUCUUCAACAAAACCAAGAUAGCUAUGAUCAAAACAGAAUCACUCAAGAAAGCUAUGGUGUCUUUAGAAGAACAAGCCAAAGAAGAAGGACCGAAGCUUGAAGAUAAGAUGAGACAAGCAGGCUUUUUUCAGAGUAAAUCAAAAGAGUACGAUGCCCAACUAGAAAACCUUGAGUACAAACUACAUGAGACUGGUGUGGAACCUUCAUUGUAUCAUCAGAGUCUGGUUGCAUUAUCACAGGAAUUAGAAUCCCUUGAUUCCAGAUUGUCUCCUUUGAAAGCUAAACUAGAUAGCUACCAGAAUCUUCCUCCCAAUGAGUCGUUAGCCAAAGUGAAGGUAGAAGAAGCAAAAAGGCAAUUGGCGGCAAUGGAAGCCGAGUUAUCAAGGAAAAUUGACAUGAUGCAUAUGUGAGAUGGCUGAGAAGUUCCGAUCAUGACGGUACUGGAUGAACCCAACUAAGCUUCCUCAUCAAAAUAAAAGACGAAUCAUGUUGACUACUAAAUCCAUGACUUCACAUAGACUGAAACACUUUUAGUGCCUUUUAUUCCUAAAAGUGGAUAUCCGUUUGAUCAUUUCAUUCGCAACUUUGCACAAAAACGUUUCCUUGUCCAUGCCCUUAUGCCCUGCAAGGAGCAUUAAUGUUUUCCUUAAGGUUUUGUGUGUUUCUCUCUCUCUCAUUCUAUUUACAUGUGUUUUUUAUUUAGUGAAGAUCGAAUCCUAAAUAGUUGCCAUAAUCUGUACAAUAAGCAAUAAAUAAAAUAAUAGAGCAAUUCUGCUAUAACAGCACGUUCUCAUAAGAAGUAAAGUUGAUUAUCAUUUCAGUGAUCAACCUUAGAAGUUUUGGAAUAAUUGGAAUCCUCACUGAAUUACUUACCACUCUGGUAUUUCCAGCAUAACUUUAGCAUCUAUUUCAGAGUUUCUGUAUUGGUAGUAGUAAUAUUUUUAUAAAACAAGUGCUACCAAUGAAUACAGAAACUCUGAAGUAGAUGUUGAAGUCAUGCUGGAGAUAUCCUAGUGAUAAGUGUGGGAUAGCGAAACAUAGAUAGGGAAAGACACUGAAUAGUACAGUGAACUGAAUAAAUUGAUAAACAAUAUGCAACUUUGCUGCACAUCACUUUCUUGCAUGAUGCUCUGUGACAUAGAGCUUAGCGAUUGAUUUCUACGAUUGAUUGCAUUGAUUACUGUGUAUGAUCAGUUGUAAAAAUCAGCUCCACAAUCAAUAGCCAAGCUUUAUGAUACAGGGGCUGGGUCAAAAGUAAGGAGUGUCAGUCAGAUCACAGAUAAGUGCCCACUUCAUAACAUAUAUGUAUUUGUUAUACCAUUUGUAAGUUGGAGCCAUUCAAGAUCCACUAUUUGGUGUUAAAUUGUGUAAAAAUGUAUUCCAUUUUUCUUCUUGCUAUUUAUAUGCUGUAUAUAUUGUACAUUUGUAAAUGCACAUAGAAACCAAUAAAAUUGCAUAUUAUAUAAUUUGAA